AUGAAAGCCCAAGACGAGGCGGCUCGCAACUACGAUAACCAUGAUGGACUAUUAUUGUUCAAAUGGAAGGUUUACAUGCCGAAUUGUGGCCAAGUACCAAGUGCGAUCAUAGGCCACCUUUAUAUCUCAAAGGUUGGAGACUUUGUGGCACGGAGUGACGAGUACCAACAGGUGAAGGUGGAUUCGUGGCGAUCGAGCGGGUUGUUGCUACCUCUACCCAUUCCCGAUCGUAUUUCGGAGGACGUUACCGUGAAUUUUAUCGAGAGGCUGCCCCUUACGAAUGGGUUUGAUGGGGUGAUGGUUGUGGUGGAUCAACUCGCCAAGUAUGCGCACUUUAUCCAGCUUACUCAUCCUUAUACAGCAAAAUCCAUUGCAAAGUUGUUCGUUGAGUACGUCGUGAAGCUUCAUGGGGUGCCACGGUCAAUUGUUUCAGAGCAGGAUCAGAUUUUUAUGAGUAACUUCUGGAAGGAGUUCUUUAAGAUGCAUGGAUAG